AUGCAGCCUCGGCCAGUGGAGAACAUGGAGCUGCUUUGUCAUCUCCUACAGGCUCUCAAUGGCUUCUUCAUGGCAGUUACAGAAGAUAGCUAUGUUUUCUACGUCUCUCCCACAGUCCAAGACUACCUGGGAUUUCAUCAAUCAGAUGUCAUCUAUCAGAGCGUGUUCGAGCUGAUCCACAAGGACAGAGCCAUGUUCCAGAGCCAGUUUCUUUGGCCUGCAGAUGCAGCACCUGUCAGCAGAGAGGGAGCGCAGGACACCCACCAGCUUCCUCAUGUUGGUGCCUCCACGGACAGCCUGAAGCAUCAGCCCUUGGAGGACCCAUCCAAUCUGGAAAGAAGUUUUGUCUGUCGGUUCCACUGCCUGCUGGACAAUUCUUCUGGGUUUCUGGAGUUGAAUUUCCAUGGACAUCUAAAAUUCCUCCCUGCACAGAAGAGGUCAGAAGACGGCACCCUUAGGUCUCCUCAAGGCACCCUGUUUGCCAUUGCAACACCUCACCAGCCACUCACCAUCCUGGAGCUCCAAAAUAAAACAUUUCUUUUCCAAACAAAACACAAACUGGAUUUCACGCCUAUAGCCUGUGAGUCCAGAGGCAAGGUGGUGCUGGACACGGACAGCGAACUCCGCAGGCGGGACUCGGGCUACCAGUUCAUCCACGCGGCGGACAUGAUGCACUGCACAGAGAACCAAGUGCGGCUGUUGAGGACGGGCGAGAGCGGCCUCACCGUGUUCCGGCUGCUCACCAAGCAGGCCGGCUGGCUGUGGGUGCAGUCGGCCGCCCUCCUGCUGUUCCGCGACGGCCAACCCGACCGCAUCGCGGCCCGACAGCGGGCCCUGACGAAUGCAGAGGGGGAGGAGCACCUGUGCAAGAGGGCCCUGCAGCUGCCAUUCACCUUCACCACAGGGGAAGCCAUCCUGUAUGAUAGCAGCCCCUCGAGUCCUGUGACUACCCUCCCAGCCAGGAAUAGGAUCAGGGCGAGGAAGAGCACCCUCGCUAGUCAGGGCCCUCUGCACCCAGGCUCUCUUCUGGGAGCCAUGAUGCAGCAAGAUGAAUCCAUGUACUUGCCCUGCAUUGCCCCAACCCGCCAAGGCUCACCCUUGGAGAUGUGGGGGUCCAAUGACAGACAUGAGCUCGAGGAAGAGGAGGAGGAGGAAGACAGCUGUCUCCUGGCUCUGAUUGAGACCCUGAUGGAGGACACAGACCAGCAGCCUGAUCUCUGCUCCACACUCCAGCACCUGGGGGUCAAUGACCUCAACCAGCGUCUGUGGGAAGAGAGCCUUCUCAGGGCCGACCUAGACCCUGUAAAGUCUCAGAACUGCUAG